AUGGACCAGCAGGUCCCCGAGCUCAUGGGCGUCACGCGCGCCAUCCUGGAGAGCGUGAUCUUCUGCCACCAGGAGGACUCGUGCUGGCCGCUGCAGGACGCCGCCGCGGUGAAGAAGCGCUUCGACGACAUCUUCGGCGCCACGCGCUACACGAAGGCGCUGGAGAACAUCAAGGUGCUCCAGCGCGAGUGGACCAAGACCAUGCGCGACCGUAGGGCAGAGGCCGACCUGUCGCAGGCGCACAUGGACCAGGCCACGAAGCUGGCGUCCCAGAAGGACGAGCGGGAGAAGGUGGUGGAGGAAAUCGCGACGAAGCUGAGGGAUCUCGACGCCCAGGUCGGGAAGAGCAGCGAGUCCAUCCAGCAGGCCGAGAUGCAGCUGGUCAAGUACGAGAGCGGCGGCACCCGCGUCGCCGAGUUGCGGAGCCUCAUCGCCCGCUGCGAGGAGGAGCGGCGGGAGGUGACUCGCGACAUGGAGGAGCGGCAGCAGGACAUCUACCGCGAGUCCCUCGAGGAGCUGAAGAGCCAGGCGCAGCACUUCGCGGAGGUGGUGAUGGUGCAGAGCGCGCAGAAGGUGCAGCAGGCCAAGAAGGCCCACGCGGAGGGCGAGGGCCUCUACAGGGCCGCGGUGGACGCCGCCCGCAAGCUCCGCGAGGAGAUGGGCGACACCCUGGCCGCGGCGGAGCUGAUCAGCUCGCGCAAGGCGGAGCUGGCCGGCAGACUGCAGCAGGUCGGCGAGCCCUCGGUCGCGGCGCUGCGGGCGCGCGUGGACGCCGCCCACGGCGAGCUGCAGCGCUCCGAGCGCGACCUGCAGCAGCGCGGCGCCGCGGCGGAGGCGGAGCUGUCGGAGGCGGAGCGCGUCCUCGGCAAGGCGAAGCAGGACGCCUUCUGCAACGAGGCGCGCGCUGGGGACGCCCAAGGCAUCAUCCGGCACCUCGAGGAGGAGGCGAAGACGCUGGUGGACGCGGUGCCCAACCUGGACGCGCUGAUGCGGUGCAUGCGCGAGAACGAGGCCGCGCUGGGCGCCGACGGGAGCGACUCGCGGCAGCGCAGGCUCGAGGCGCGGCAGGAGGAGAUCGGCCGGCGGCGGCACGACCUGCAGUACUCCAUCCAGCGCAAGAGCGGCGAGGUGGCCCAGAUCGAGGCGCAGAGCGAGGCCCACUUCCAGGUGGACGCGCUUCGGCGGCAGCUGUGCGAGGCCGAGAACGACCUGGGCACGAGGCUCGCCGAGGCGCGACCCCGGCUGGUGGCGGCGCUGGGGCAGAUGCCGGAGGCCGCCGAGUCCGAGGCGAGGGUGCUUGCAGAGGCGCAGCAGGUAGACGAGCAGCUGAAGAAGCAGAGGCAGGCCUGCCAGGAGCUGCUGCACCGCCGCAGCACCGCAGCCGCGCGGCACCAGGCCGCCGAGGCGGAGCUGAGGCGGGCGCAGGCGGAGGAGUCCCGCCUCGCUGCGGAGCUGGGCGGCGGCGGGCAUGCCGAGUUCUUGGCGCGGAUCACGGCGCAGCGGGAGCUGGUCGAGAACAUGAGGAAGGACGUGGCGAUGACGGAGAGUGCAAAGCACAUGUACGAGAAGUUCCGCGAGAAGUCGCUGACGAAGAACACGUGCCAGUUCUGCCGUCGCGGCUUCAACAGCGAGGAGGACAGCGCCAGGUUCGAGGAGACUGUGCACAAGCUGAUCGAGAAGAUACCCACGUACCUGGAGGAGAGCCACCGCAGGAUGGGCGAGGCGCGCGAGGAGCUCAACCGCCUGGAGGCGCACCUGCCGCGCUGGGACCGGCUGGAGCAGUUGCGGCAGGUUGAUAUACCCCAGAAGCAGAAGGCCCUCGCCACCUGCGCCGAGGAGGAGCGCGCCACGCAGGCGGCGGCCGAACCGGCGGAGCGCGAGCGGCGCCGCCUGGAGGACCUGGUGCAGCAGCUGCAGGAGCUGCGCAUGGUCGCCGGCGCGCUUCAGCGCAGCGCCGCGGCAGCGGAGGAGCUGCGCGGCAGCGUGCGCGCGAAGGAAGCGCGGCUGCUGGGCGCGAACUCCAAGGUUUCGCUGCAGGCCGAGCGCGACCAGCUGCGCACGCUGCAGGAGCAGCUCAACGAGCUCGGCCGCGAGGAGGAUGCGGUGCGCACGCAGCGGGAGCUCCUCGGGAAGCAACAGGAGCAGCUCCGCACGCAGCUGGCCGAGCAGAAGGGCCGCCUGCAGCUGCUGCAGGCGCAGGUGGCCCGCCAGGGCGACGUGGACCGCGAGCUGACCAACCGGCAGGCCGAGCUCCGCAGCUGCAGCGAGGCGGCUCAGCGCGCCCGCGCCGUCGUGGAGGAGAGGAGCGCCGCGGCCAGGGUGCUGCGGGAGCGGCACCAGGAGCAGAGCGCGGCUGCGCGCCGCGACCUGGACGCCCGGCGGGAGCAGGUGGUGGCGCUGCAGCGCGAGGCGGACGCGGCGUCCGAGAUGGAGAGGUCCAUCGACGCGAUGGCCCGGCGCGUGGCCGACGCGGACGCGCUGAAGGCGAAGCUGGAGGCCUCCGACGCAGAGGUGGCGACGGCGGAGCGGGAGCUGGCGGGCCUGCGCGAGCGGCUCGACGGCGAGGAGGAGCGCCGGCGGAAGCGCGACGAGGUCCGGCAGUGCCUGGACGCGAACCUGCGCCUGAAGAGGCUCGAGGCGGAGUCGGGGCGGCACGAGGCCGAGGCGGCCGAGCUGCUCCGCGAGCUCGGCGGGAAGGACCUGGAGGCGCUGCGGGGGGAGCUGGUGGCGGCGCGGUCGCGGGCGAUGGAGAGCUGCAGAAGCAGCGUUCCUUCCACGCGGGCGAGCUGGCGCAGACGCAGGAGGCCGUGCGCUCGCUGGCAGCGGACCUGGCGAGCCCGCUCUACGCGGGGGUGGAGCAGCGGCACCGCGAGGCGAUCAUCAAGGCCGAGACCGCGGUCUUCACCGUGA